CUUACACAAUUCGACGCCCUCGACGUACGAAUUUCCCACCACAAACAUGGACAAGCAACUCGAUACAUGCUUCGACCGUGUCGAAAAAGCACUUGGGACAUUAGUUGACUCAAUUUCCAAAUACCACCCGUCCGUAAAUCAGGUCAAUGAGCUAGGUCUCGCAGACAUUGAGCUGAACAAGGGCUUAGAGGAGCUACAAACCCACCAGUCAAAUUACAAGCGCAUACAAGACCUACGAGCCGCGACAACCAGCCUCGAUUCCCAAAUCAAAGAUACCCUCCGCCUCUUAGCCAACACGCGCAAAGAGCUUGUCGGAGCAUCCGCCACAGUCUUCCCCUCCGACGCCCCAAGCUACGACGUAAACUACGAUGAACUCCUAGCCUACGCCCGCCGCAUAAGCAAAACCACCCUCCCACCCGCCAGCGCCCUCAACAGCACAUCCACAGACAACGGAGCAAUCGGCAGUACCGACGCAGCCACUCCCGCCGCAGCAACCCCCAACGGCGCACAACCGACCCCAGGAAACGCAAACGGCCAAGACUCCACACAACAGACCCCCGCCGCCGAUCCCCCAGCAACAGCGUUACCAGAGGAUCUCCAAUGGAACGUGAACCCGCUCAGCGGCGUAGACUUCGCGCCAUGGCCGAACGAAGAGCAAGUGCGUAAGGGAGCCAUGGCGCAGUUAGCGUUUAUCUCGGAACAAGGGAUUGACGCGGAAGAUUACGACCCGGAGGAAGAGAAGGCGCGGAAGGAGCGUGAGGAGGAAGAACGGCGGGCUGCUGAGGAGAAGGAGAGGAUUGAGCGGGAAGAACGUGAGCGUAGGGCUAGGGAGGAACAGGUUAGGAUUAGAGUUGAGAGGGAGAGGGAGCAGAGAGAGGCUUGGAGACGGGGGAGUGUGGUUGAUGGAGGGGCUGGCGCGGGGGCGGCUGCGGGACAGCAGCCCGUUAGUACGUCGCCGGUGGGUGAGAAGGUGCAGUUUCAGUUUAUGGCCGAUGAUGAUGAGGAUGAUGAUGAAUGAGCGGGUGUGUAGCGAGGGUACAUGGGCUAAGUUGGUGGUGUAUGCCUAUAUGCUCUCUACUUAAGCCUACCAUUGCGCGCAAAUAGAGUUAUGCUCGUUAUGAUAUAGCCAAGAUACUCUAUAAGCGCGAUGAAUUGAUACGUAUAACCA